GGGCAGCGGCGAGUUGGGACGCGUCUUUGGAGAGAGACAAGGUGGAGGAGAGGAGAGGACUCGGCGUUAACUUCCAUGUUUAUAUCCCACUCAGAAGGGGAUUCAUAGAGUUAUAGCUCGGGUUUUCAGCCACUGUGAGUCGCCGGAGGAGUCUCAGCGGGUUUGUUGACUCCCGGUUUCUUGGUCAUCGGACAGAAGUGCCGUCCAUCCAAUGUGCGUAAAGGGGCUCUAUUUCCUCACCGUCCUGUCUGGACUCGCAGCUUCAGGCGUGCUGCAGGUCAGCGGGAUGCGUAUAUACACGUCUGGGGAUAUGGAGGCGGUCAACGGGACGGAUGUUCGUCUGAAGUGCACAUUUCAUAGUUCUGCCACCAUCAACCCCAACUCCAUCGUCAUCUCCUGGAGCUUCAGACCGCUCAAACCAGGCCGAGAAGAGUCGGUGUUCCACUACCAGCAGCGACCAUAUCCUCCAGUAGACGGCAUUUUCAGGAAGCGUGUCGUUUGGGCAGGUGACGUCAUGGGCCGUGAUGCCUCCAUCAUACUUCAGCAGGUCAAAUUCACCUACAACGGCACUUACAUCUGCCAGGUGAAGAAUCCGCCGGAUGUCCACGGCACGGUUGGAGAGAUUCGACUGCGUGUCGUCACCACAGCCUCUUUCUCUGAACUUCUCCUUCUGGCGUUGGCCAUCGGAGGCGGUAUCGCCGCUGUGGUCAUCCUCCUCAUCAUCAUUCUGUCCUGCAGGCGGUGCAAGAAGAGGAGACAGAGAGAGCGGGAAGGGAACGAGGAGGCUCCCCGCAAAGAGAGAAAAGACCCCACUGCGUGGUAAGACCAAGAGAAAGACAGAGAGAGAGGAAGAGGGGGAUAGAGAGAGGAACCGAAGAAUCCUACACUUCCUCUCUCGCUCUCCGUCUAACUCUGGGGAUCGGGGCAUGUGCAGCCUCCUCUUGGGGUCUGGGGCUCUUUUCCUACUGGACGUUUCACUUCCUCCCUUCUCUGCAACCGCAGUCUUUGGAUCCCAAUCCUGGAUGAGCUGAUGGGCAGCUGUUGUUAACCAAAUUGAGAAUGUGCCUUUAUAUAGGAAGCUGUAGACACAGAGCAUAAUAGCCAGACUGCUGUGUAGCUUUUAUGAUAUCACCAUGUGCCUUUCAUAUCUGGAGAGAAACAACUGUUUUAUCAGUUCAUAUUUCCUGUUCAGCUAAAUGGGCCUCCAAACAACUUUCCUGUUUAGAGUCGAUGUUUUGAUGAUGUAGAGGUCGAACAAUGGUGUAUCCCUGCUGUUUACUUCCCUACUAAUACAUUUCAAACCCCAACAUACCGAUGCAGUACAAGCCACACAAUAUAUUGUUUUAGCACACAAUAGAAACUGUGGAACAAUGACUGAGCAGCUUCCUAGCCUCUAUUAAAAUUUUGCUGUAAUUACCAGAUGAUGGGAUGCAUUAUGAAACCCCAUACAUGAUAUCUGUGAUCUGUAUCUGUCAACUCUCAUUUCAACGGUCAUAUGUAUCAGCUGUCUGAUCCACUUUACUGUGGUUCUUAUGAAUCUACAGGAGGAUGCUGGUGUACAUUUCUGUUUUGUUUCACUACUGAAGUUAUGUAACUGUAUUUUUCUGUGGUGUUACUAGCCUGAUGUUGCAACAGAAACAAUCAAGGUGCUAUCAUAUUAUCAAAACCUGAUGGAGAGCACUUGUUGAAAACAGACAUUUUAUAGAGCACUUUUGUAAAAAAAAAAAAAAAAAAAAAAAAAAUUACAAGCACAUAGUUAAAUCAAUAGCAGUUCUAAAUUUUAAAUUUAUUGAUACGGUGGCAAAUCUUUUUACCAACCAGCAGCCUUUCUAAUGGACAAAUGUCUGUUUUGAACAACGAGCUGUUUUGUUAAAAGCAUCUUUUUUCCUGGGCACGUGGGGCUUCUUUGUUUCUCUCUUGGGUUUUCAGAUCUCUCUGUAAUAGGCGCCGUAAGUGGUUACAGUCAAAACCGUGUUGCAAUACUGUGACUCACUGUAUUCACCCCUUACGGAAAAGUUGACAACUUUACUGUCAUCUUGCACAAUCAGAUGUAUUCAGAGUUCAAACUGAAACUGUCGCUGAAAAACUUGGCAACGGAAGGAAAAUGUUUUCACCCCAAUCAGAUGCAGAUGGGUAAACAGAGAUUUCGAUCCAACCUUCGCUCUCAACUUGGGACGAUUUAACCCUGUGUGACACUAAUGCUUUGUCCCUGCUGCUGUGUUUGUGCUGUCUGCUUGUCUUUGUCCUGUCCCCAUUGUGCGUGACUUAUGCACAUGCAUGCACAUAAAUGAUUCAUGAAUGUGUCAUGCAUGAAUUCAUACCCUGCCCUGUGUGUGUGUGUGCUAUUUUGCUCCCACUGGUGCAUGUCUCCCUCUCCCCUCUGUGUGUGUGUGUGUGUGUGUGUCCCAGCCACCCAGCGAGGGCAAUCCACCUCUACGUAUCAGAGACGUCCUUUGAGAUUGACAGUUCAGACGGCAUGAUCUCAGAGGCCAGCACCAAAGACCCAAGCUCAUCAGAGGACGAGGGCCCGAGCUCGGACGACGACGACGAUGGUGAUGACUCCGACUGAGGAGGUGGGGACAGACAGGGCGAGGCAGAAACACUGAUGUGAAGCCAGCCAGGGAGCUCGCUGGAGGGAUGCCCAGAUGGCACCCAUGGAUUAUGUUCCACGGUUCUGCAGAAUGCAGACUAGAUGAAGAGAGUGCUGCUCCUGCUGCUGCCAUGUCAAAAACAACCACAUUGUUCAAGAACGGAAAGAAAGUUCUGUUUGAAAGUUUCCGAAUGAGAACAAAGAGAUUAGAGUGAUGAAGAUGAAGGCUUUGGAACAGGAUCAGUAGUAGAGUAACUUUACUCUUGAGAGAGUCCAGAUAUCUUCAUAUGAGGGAAGGGAAACUGGAUUUAACCUGCAGGGCUUUGAAAGUGAGAGGCUAUUUAAUCCUGACGCCGGCUUUGCGACUGUCCUGAGAGCACAAAAAGGCCAAUUUGUGUUCAAUAACUUUGUUGUUUUAGAAGUGGAUCUUGCCGGUGGCAAAAUCAGCUGCAACAUGGAACUGAAAGUAGUCAGAAUGAGGAAUUUGUUUUUUGCCAUGAUGAGCCGUAUUGAGACCUUACAUUUUUUGACUCAAUGGAUAAUAAAAUGUAGAAUCUGUAGAUCAUUUUUCAGGCUGCUCUCAUGCACUCUUUGUAUGUUAUACCUCCAAAAACUUAUGCAUCAGAAUCUGUAAAAACCCCACGUAAUCAAGAGACAGUAAUUUAUGUAGAAUCUAUGGAAAUCAUUAAGGCCCCAAUCGCGUUAUGAAAGCGCUGAUGCGGGUAAAGAAAGAAGUAAGAGUAAAAGUCUGCUUAUGGAGGUAGAUGAGUCAAAGGAAUGCACAACUUUCCCCUGGCGUGCUGGUGUUUGUGUCCUGUAUUAAAGUUAAGUCAGUGAUUCUUUGGACAGCGAUGCAAUAUUUGCCGAAAUUACAAAGUCCGCCACGAUACAAAUUCGAUACAAUGCGAUUCAGGGUCUGCGAUCGAUAUGAGACGAUAUUUUCUGGCCAUUUAACGCAAUCUGUUACAGAAGAAGCUGUCAACCCUUUCUUUUUUGCUUUUUACCAUAAAACACAUAAAUAAUGUAAGUAAUUGUAACUGCUUAAGUGCAGUAAAAUUCCUUUAUACUGACACCAAGCCCUUUCUGGAAGAAAUCAUUUCAUUUUAAUCCAAACCAUGAUCUUUAUCAUGAAACUUCAGGUCUGUCUGGCUUAAAGCCCUGAAACUUCUCCCAACAGCCAUAAAACAUGGAUCAACAACAACAUUGUUUAACAAAAGUACCAAAAUCAGCUCAGUAAAAACUAUUAAGGUUCAUAGACAUGUCAAUUGUUUUUUGCUAGUUGCCCAUUAUUAGCUCAAGCAUGUUUACAUUGCAUAUGUUAGCGUAGCGGCUAGCGAACUUUCCUCCAUUCAUAACUCAUAACUACAAAUUCAAUUUUGUGUAUUAUUUAUACUUUGUCUUACUCACCGUUGGUUUAAGUCACUCCACCUCCCGACAGAACAGCUCAGUUGAAUUUCAGCCUGCAUGCACGUUUCUUCUUUCUUUCUUCUCGUAACGGCAUUGUUUACAUACACCAUGUUCUCUGUCUGUUGACCCCUUUUUUUCUCCAAAAUAUGUCCACACUCCAGAGAAAAUAACAUUACCCUUGUCAUCUUUCUCUCUGCUUCUUGCUGCCUGCUGCUGUUUGACGGUGACACAGUCUUUCAAAAUGAAAGUAGAUCCUAAAGAUGAUGUUAUGGAUCGACGUUUUCACUUUGCAUCGAUGAAAAUGGAUUGUUCCUCAUUGAAUUGAUACAUUGAUCCAGAACGAUGGAUCGUUACACCCCUUACAUUAAGCACACAGUGGCGACGCCUAACCAUGAUUCUUUUCCAAAACGUAACCAAUGUAACUUCAUUUUAAGAACAUAACUUUAUGUAAAUACGUAACAUAAUGACACCUGGCUAUGAUCCUUUUCCUAAACCUAACCUAACCCAUCGGGGGGCCAAUUACUUGGGUGCUCAUUUGGUAGAUAUAGGAUCUUGUGGUAUGUGAAUUUUUUGUUAGAUAUAUGAAUUGCUGUAGGUGAUUUUUUAAAAGAUAUUAUAUGAACUGUUGUUUGAGGAUACGUUGCAUAUUUUAGUUUUACAAUUCAGUCAUUAGGGAUAAUGUAAGUCUUGCAUUUCAGUCGGUUACGCACAACCGUCAUAAUUCCUGCCAGUGUCAGAGCACUUGUUAAAAGCAGUUUUAUCCUCUAUCUGUAGGCUGAAGGACUUCUGUCCCAUCAGGUUACCUGGAUAAAAGAGCAUAAAUGUGAUGUUGCUGUCAUUAAGUCUGAAGGCCAAAAUCUCGAUGAGUCAGUCAUGCACGCACCUGUCCUGAGUGUUGAGUGGGAGCGCACAGUCAGAUCUGAAAACCCUCUGAUUGCAAAACGUCCUUGAGAGCCCAUUUCCUCGUGCACCUGUGAACACAUCAAGUCUACUAACAAAUGAUUGUAAUGCCUGUCUUUCUUUCCUCAUGUUACAGACUUUUGUACCUGUGAUGUAAUACUGAGUGACAUGUUUAUAGAUUGUUUUUUUUUGUCUAUUUUUUUAGAUAAUGCCAGAAGUAUUUUAUCACAUUGUUUAAACUGUCACUCUAUGUGUUUGUUAUAGAGCUUUUAUAUAUAUAUAUAUAUUAAAGAAAAGAUUUUCUAAUAAAAAUGCCUUAAAAUCUUCA